GCGGCCGAAGUACACGAGGCCAUACCCGAAGAAGAACCAAACUGUGGAGGAAACAUGGCUUCCCCUGCUGGUUGUGAGCACUACGUGCGCAGCUGCUUGUUGAAAGCACCUUGUUGUGGAAAAUUAUAUGUGUGUCGGUUAUGCCAUGAUGCAGAAGAGAACCACCAGAUGGAUCGAUUCAAAGUCAGAGAGGUGCAGUGCUCUGAGUGUCAGAUGGUGCAGCAGGCACAGCAGACUUGUGAACAAUGUCACGUGCAGUUUGGAGAGUAUUACUGUGACAUUUGCCACUUGUUUGAUAAGGAUAAGAAGCAGUACCACUGCCAGCCCUGUGGGAUAUGCAGGAUUGGGCCCAGGGAGAAGUACUUUCAUUGUGAGAAGUGCAAUUUGUGUUUAGCUCAGGAUCUGCGAGGAAACCACAAGUGUGUUGAAAAUGUUUCUAGGCAGAACUGCCCAGUAUGUAUGGAGGAUAUUCACACAUCCAGAAUUGGAGCUCAUGUCCUUCCUUGCGGCCACCUUUUACACAAGACCUGCUUUGAUGACAUGGUCAGAACAGGAGCGUAUCGGUGUCCUCUGUGUAUGCACUCUGCUUGGGACAUGGAGGACCACUGGGAUCAGAUAGACAAAGAAAUUGCUCAGUCACCGAUGCCUACUGAAUACCAGGGUGCUACCGUCAGAAUUAUAUGUAACGACUGCCAAGCCCACUGCACGGUGCCUUUCCAUGUGUUGGGGAUGAAGUGCACUGGCUGUGGCUCCUACAACACAGCACAGGACGGAGGACUCAUCCAGCAGCCUCAGCCACAGCAGGCAGAGGCUCAGCAGGACACUGAGAAUGAGGCUGAGACAGACACGGAGCUAGAGCAGCAAGAUCAGCAUGAGUCGGCCAUGCCACAUUAGCAGAAUUGGCUGAACCGUCACAGAUGGAUUUGACUGGGGCACUUUAUUGUAGUUACCUACAUGGAGUGUAGCAGUAGACUGAGCCAGUUUUUCUAGUUUGUACAUUCUUCAGAAAAAUCCAUCUAUUUUCUGUACCUUCAUAUGCUCUUCAGGGCUGGACUUAUUCCAGGAUGUGCAGGGUGAGAUGACGGGGCACCCUGGAUACGUUCCCAGUCGAUCACAGAACCUUCACAUUAACAUCUACAGACUAUUUGGAGUCAUAGUCCAUCGGACCUGCAUGUCUUUAGACUGUGAGAGGAAACCCACAAAAGCAUGAAGACAACAUGUAAACACCAAACAGUUGAUCACCUGAGAGAACCCCAGGAAGGUCAUGGGACUAAUGACUGUGUUACAAUCUAGUAAAUGUUUGAUGGUUUCAGGAACUGUGCCAUAACUCUUAUUGAACUGCUCUAGGUAAGACACUGUGAGCAGAUGUGUCUGUGUGUCCUAUACUGUAUGAGCCUGUGCAGCUUGACAGAACAAUCUGCCAGCUUUGGAAAUCUGUCAAAAAAGUUAGAACUGUCUUCAGCAACAUGAUUAACACUGUUGUAAAUCUCCACAAUAACUUAAUUUAGUGAAAGAUUGAUCAUAAGGGAAAGAUUCAUGGGGCAUUUAUGCAGGAAAAAUAAAUCAAAAAGGUCCAGAGAUGCUAUGUAAGUCAAAAAUGUAACUGUUGUUUUUCCUCAUUUGAUUUCUCAGUCCAUAUUUUAGCUCCUGAGUGUGGAUCCAGUUUAUGAUCUUCAGAUAUUGAUUCUACAUGUGAUAAAAAAUGUGAAAAUAAAUAAAUAAUGUUUCAAUUUAACAUCAAA